CGGCGCGGGCGGCGCCGGCGCAGGCGGCGCGGCGGGCGCGGGAGCCGCGGCGUCCUUCUUCUUGCGCGCGGGGAAGCGUCCGUUCGCGUCGCGCUGGCGGUUGCAAGCGUGGCGGUGGCGCGAUUCAUACGCGUAGUCGGCGCGGGCCCGCGUGCUCUUCUCCAUGCCCUUGAAUUUCAACCUCGCGCGUCUCCUCUUGACAACGCGCGCGCUCUGCUUGGGAUUCACCCAGCUCACGCCCCCGGCGGCCUCCGGCGCGGCCGCCACCAGGCCCUGGAGCGUGCCCGCCACGAGGCGCUCGAGCUCGUCGGGCUCGCGGCCCUGCUCAGGGCCCAGCGUGGCCGCGACGCGCUUCGCGCCGCGCGUGCCGUCGGCCAUAUUGCUACUGGUGUGGUUUCGGCUCCUGCGAAGCGGCGGGCGCCCGGGGCGCGGGGCUGCCUUUCCGUGGGAUUGGGCGCGGUGGCGCCGGGCGUCGGGGUGGCCGACGGGCUCCGGGGCUACGGCUUUUGCGCGCGCGCGGCCGCCUAAUCAAGCUUGGA